CCCCGCCCCCGGCCGGGCCUUAACUGCUGCUUCAGGCGCUGCGGCGCUGAGGAGCAUCCGAAGAGUCUGCGGGAGCCGAGCGUGGUGAGUCCCCAGCUCAAGAGGAGGUCCAAGGGACACAGCAAUGAUUAGAGAGCCUGCUGGGAGCGAACAGCCUCUGGCUGCAUAGGGACCUGUGGACUUCUGUCUGGUGCCCCCAUGGAGACAGGGGGCCCUGGGUUGAACAAUAUGAAGCCCCGGUCACUGCAGCGGAUGCUGGAGGAGCAGGUGCUGGCACUACAGCAGCAGAUGGCAGAGAACCAAGCAGCCUCCUGGCGGAAGCUGAAGAGCUCCCAGGAGGCUCAGCAAAGGCAAGCAACCCUCGUGAGGAAGCUGCAGGCCAAGGUGUUGCAGUACCGGAGCUGGUGCCAAGAGCUGGAGAAGCGGCUGGAAGCCACUGGGGGACCGGUCCCUCAGAGGUGGGAAAGUGUGGAGGAGCCAAACCUGGAACGGCUGCUAACCCGAUUGGAGGAGGAGCAACAGAGGUGUGAGAGUCUAGCGGAGGUGAACACCCAGCUUCGGCUGCACAUGGAAAAAGCUGACGUGGUGAAUAAUGCGCUUCGGGAAGAUGUGGAAAAAUUGACAGUAGACUGGAGCCGGGCCCGGGAUGAGCUAAUGAGGAAGGAGAGCCAGUGGCAGAUGGAGCAGGAGUUCUUCAAGGGCUACCUGAAAGGGGAGCAUGGUCGCCUUCUCAGUCUGUGGCGGGAGGUGGUGACCUUCCGUCGCCACUUCCUGGAAAUGAAGUCAGCCACUGACAGAGACCUGACGGAGCUCAAGGCUGAGCAUGUGAGGCUUUCAGGUUCCCUGUUGACCUGUUGUCUGCGCCUGACUGUGGGAGCACCACAGUCUCGGGAAUCUGAUGGAUCUGGGAGACUGAAUGGGAGCGAGCCAUCCCAGUUGAUGCUGCUACUAGCCAGGACCCAGGAGCUGGAGAAGGAAGCCCAUGAAAGGAGUCAGGAAUUAACACAGCUGAAGAGUCAAGGGCAUCUGGAGAAGACUGAGCUUCAGGAUCGGGUGACCGAGCUCUCCGCUCUACUGACCCAGUCUCAGAAGCAAAAUGAAGAUUAUGAAAAGAUGGUAAAGGCUCUGAGAGAGACGAUGGAGAUCCUGGAGGCAAAUCACGCAGAAUUAAUGGAACAUGAGGCAUCUCUAAGUAGGAAUGCCCAAGAGGAGAAGCUGUCUUUACAGCAAAUGCUCAAGGACAUAACCCAGGCCAUGGUAGAAGAAGAGGACAGUGUGGCCCAAGGCUCUGGUCAUGAGAGCUCCCUGGAGUUGGACCCUAGUGGCUCCUCCUCCCAGUUUGAUUCCCAGCAUCCAGACAAGGCUCUUUCUCUGGUGUGUUCAGUGCUGACUCAGAGACGCCAGGCUGUGCAGGACCUAAGGCAGCAGCUGUCAGGCUGCCAGGAAGCUAUGAGCUCCUUGCAGCAGCAGCAGCAUCGGUGGGAGGAAGAGGGUGAGGCCCUGAGACAGCGGCUACAGCAGCUCACCGGGGAGCGGGACGCCCUGGCAGGGCAGACUGUGGACAUGCAGGGGGAGGUGGACUCUCUCAGCAGGGAGCGAGAGCUCCUGCAGAAGACCAGGGAGGAGCUGCAGCAGCAGCUGGAGGUGCUGGAGCAGGAGGCGUGGCGACUGCGGAGGACAAACGUGGAGCUUCAGCUGCAGGGCGACUGUGCUCAGGGCGAGAAGGAGGAGCAGCAGGAGGAGCUGCACCUGGCCAUCCGUGAACGGGAGCGCCUUCAGGAGACGCUGGCAAGCUUGGAAGCCAAACAAUCAGAGUCACUCAGUGAAGUGAUCACCCUUCGGGAAGCCCUGGAGUCCAGUCGCCUGGAAGGGGAGUUGCUGAGACAAGAGCAAACAGAAGUGACCGCCGCACUGGCCAGGGCAGAACAAUCUAUUGUGGAGCUGUCGAGUUCUGAGAACAGCCUGAAGGCUGAGGUAGCUGAUCUUCGGGCCGCAGCUGUCAAACUCAGUGCCUUAAAUGAGGCUUUGGCCUUAGAUAAAGUUGGGCUGAACCAGCAGCUUCUCCAGUUAGAACAGGAGAACCAGUCUGUGUGCAGGAGGAUGGAAGCAGCAGAGCAGGCGAGAAACACUUUGCAGGUGGGCCUGACAGAGGCCGAGAGGAACAGGGAAGCCCUGUGGGAAAAGAACACCCACCUGGAGGCUCAGCUGCAGAAAGCGGAGGAGACCAGGGCUGAGCUGCAGGCAGAUCUCAGGGGCAUGCAAGACGAGAAGGAAGAAAUUCAAGAGAAACUAAGCGAGGCACAUCACCAGCAGGAGGCAGCCUUAGCUCAGGUGGAGCAGCUGCAGCAGGAGGCAAAGCGACAGGAAGAGGCGCUUGCCCGGGAAGUCCAGGAGAAGGAGGCUCUGGCGCGGGAAAAGGCGGCUCUCGAGGUGCGGCUGCAGGCUGUGGAGCGGGACCGGGAGGACCUCUCUGAACAACUGCUGGGGCUCAGCUCGGCCAAGGAGCUACUGGAGAGCAGUCUGUUUGAGGCCCAGCAACAAAAUUCUCUGAUAGAGGUCACCAAGGGGCAGCUGGAGGUCCAGAUUCAAACCGUCACUCAAGCCAAGGAAGUAAUCCAAGGGGAAGUGAAGUGCCUGCAGCUGGAACUGGACACUGAACGGAGCCGGGCAGAGCAGGCACGGGAUGCGGCAGCCAGACAGCUGGCCCAGGCUGAGCAAGAGGAGCAGGCUGCCCUGCAGCAGCUGAAGUCAGCCCAUGAGGAGGAGGUGAACCGGCUCCAGGAGAAAUGGGAGAGAGAGCGCUCCUGGCACCAGCAGGAACUGGAUAAGGCUCUGGAGAGCCUGGAGAGGGAGAAAAUGGAGCUGGAAACGAGGCUGAGGGAACAGCAGGCAGAAACGGAGGCCAUGCGGACACAGAGGGCAGAAGAACAGGCCGAGGCCGAGAGCGCCCUGUGCCAGAUGCAGCUUGAAACAGAGAAGGAGAGGGUGUCCCUCCUGGAGACACUGCUGCAGACCCAGAAAGAGCUGGCAGAUGCCAGCCAACAACUGGAGCGGCUGAGGCAGGACAUGAAGGUUCAGAAGUUAAAGGAGCAGGAGACCACUGGGAUGCUGCAGACCCAGCUCCAGGAGGCUCACCGGGCACUGGAACAGGCAGCCCAGCAGCACAGAGACAGCCUCGCUGCCCUCCAGGAAGAGGGCGGCACCCUGCUGCGGGAUAAGAUAGACCUGCAGAAGCAGGUGGAGGACUUGAAGUCUCAGCUGGUUUCCAAGGAAGACUCCCAGAGGUUGGUGGACCAGGAGGUUCAGGAGAAGCUGAGAGAGGCCCAGGAGUGUAGCCGAAUUCAGAAGGAGCUGGAGAGAGAGAAAGCCAGCCUGACUGUGUCGCUGGCGGUAAAGGAGCAGAGACUCCUUGUUUUACAAGAGACUGACUCUGUUCGACAGCAGGAGCUGAGCUCCUUGCGCCAGGACAUGCAGGAGGCCCAGGCAGGGCAGAAAGAGCUCAGCGCCCAGGUGGAAUUACUGAAGCAGGAGGUGAAGGAAAAGGAGGCUGACUUUCUGGCCCAGGAAGCACAGCUGCUGGAGGAGCUAGAGGCAGCUCGAGUAAUAGAACAGCAGCUACGAGCUUCCUUGUGGGCCCAGGAAACCAAGGCAGCCCAACUACAGCUGCGACUGCACAGCACGGAGGGCCAGCUGGAGGCCCUGGCAGUGGGACAGCAGCCUGGGCACCAGGCCCAGGUCCAGCUGGCCAGCCUCUGUUCUGUCUUGCAGCAGGCCCUGGGGUUUCCUUAUGAGAGCGGGCUUGAGCUGAGUGGUGGGGGAGACUCGGCUUCCUCCCUCUGGGGCCCUGAGCCAGACCAGAAUGGAGCUAGGAUCCUCUUUAAGAGAUGGCCCCUCCAGACGGCUCUCUCAGCUGAGGCGGUGGCGUCUGCCCUCCAGAAGCUUCACCAAGACCUGUGGAAAACUCAGCGGGCCCGGGAUGAUCUGAAGGAUCAGGCCCGGAAGCUGGAACAGCGUCUCACUGAUACAGAGGCUGAGAAGAACCAGAUCCACACAGAGUUGCAGGCUCUGCAGAGACAGCUCUCCCAGAACCAGGAAGAGAAAUCCAAGUGGGAAGGAAAACAGAACUCCCUAGAAUCUGAGCUGAGGGAGCUGCGUGAAACUGUGACAUCCUUCCAGAGUCGCCUACGGCAAGCAGAGCUCCAGGGAAUAGAAGCCCAGAAUGAGCGAGAGUUACUGCAGGCAGCCAAGGAGAACCUGACUGCCCAGGUGGAACAUCUCCAAGCAUCUGUGGCAGAAGCCAGGGCUCAGGCAAGCGCUGCCGGGGUCCUGGAGGAAGACCUGAGAACUGUGCGCUCAGCACUGAAACUGAAAAACGAGGAGGUGGAGAGUGAGCGCGAGCGAGCCCAGGCCCUGCAGGAGCAGGGAAAGCUGAAGGUGGCCCAGGGGAAGGCUUUGCAGGAGAAUCUGGCUCGCCUGGCCCAGACCCUAUCUGAAAGAGAAGAGGAGGUGGAGACUCUGCAGGGAAAAAUCCAGGCGCUGGAGAAGCAACGGGAAAUGCAAAAGGCUGCUUUGGAAGUGCUGUCUCUGGACCUGAAGAAGAGGACCCAAGAGUUGGAUCUGCAGCGAGAACAGAUCCGGGAGCUGGAGGAGUGUAGGUCUGCUCUAGAGCACCUCCCCGCGGCCAUCCAGGAGCAAGAGCAGAAGCUGACUCUGCAGAGGGAGCAGAUCAAGGAGCUUGAGAAGGACCAGGAGGCGCAGAGGAACAUCUUGGAGCAGCAGCUUCUGGAACUUGAGAAGAAGGCCCAAGUGAUUGAGUCCCAGAAAGGACAGAUUGGGGACCUGAAGAAGCAGCUGGUUACAAUGGAACGCCUGGCCCUGGAACUAGAGGAAAACCAUCACAAAGUGGAAUGCCAGCAGAAGGCAAUCGAGGAGCUGGAGGGCCAGAGGGAAAUGCAGAGGGUGGCUCUGACCCACCUUACACUGGACCUGGAGGAAAGGAGCCGGGAACUGCAGGUGCAGGGCAGCCAGAUCCAGGAGCUGGAGAGCCAGAGCACCCUCCUGGCAAGAGAGCUCCAGGAGAAGGACCAGGAGGUGACAUCCCAGCAAGACCAGAUCAAGGAGCUGCAGAGGCAGAAAGAGCAUCUGACUCAAGACCUGGAGAGGAGGGAGCAGGAGAUGGUGCUGCUGAAGGAAAGGAUUCAGGUCCUGGAAGAUCAGAGGACCCUGCAGACCAAGAUCCUGGAGGAGAACCUGGAGCAGAUCAAGCUGUCCUUGAGAGAACGAGGCCAGGAGCUGGCCUCUCAGAGGCAGCUGAUGCAGGAGCGGGCAGAGGAAGGGAAGGGCCAGAGUAAAGCUCAGCGAGGGAGCCUGGAGCACAUGAAGCUGAUCCUGCGUGAUAAGGAGAAGGAGUUGGAAUGCCAGCAGGAGUGUAUCCAGGAGCUUCAGGAGCACAAGGACCAGCUGGAGCAGCAGCUCCAGGGCCUACACAGGAAGGUGGGUGAGACCAGCCUACUCCUGACCCAGCGGGAGCAGGAGAUAGUGGUCCUGCAGCGGCACCUGCAGGAAGCCAGGGAGCAGGGGGAGCUGAAAGAGCAGGCACUUCAGGGUCGGCUGGACGAGGCCCAGAGGGCCCUGGCCCAGAGUGCCCGGGAGCUCGAGGCCCUGCAGCACCACAGGCAGCAGGCCCAGGGCCAGGAGGAGAACGUGAAGGAACAGGCGGGCUCCCUGCAGCAAGCUCUGGAGCAGGGCCACGCCACACUGCAGGAGUGCCAGGCUGAGCUGGAGGACCACAAGGAACACACGCGGAGGCUCCAGGAAGAGCUGGCGGUGGAGGGACAGCGGGUCCAGGCCCUGGAGGAGGUGCUGGGUGACCUAAGGGCUGAGUCUCGGGAGCAGGAGAAGGCUCUGCUGGCCCUCCAGCAACAGUGUGCCGCGCGGGCCCAGGAGCAUGAGGCGGAGGCCAGGACCCUGCGGGACAGCUGGCUGCAGGCAGAGGUGAUGCUCCAGGAACGGGACCGGGAGCUGGAGGCCCUACGGGCAGAUGGCCAGUCCUCCCAGUGUCGGGAGGAGGCUGCCUGGGGCCAGGCUGAGGCUCUGCAGGAGGCCCUCGGCAAGGCUCAGGCUGCCCUGCAGGAGAAAGAGCAGCAUCUCCUUGGGCAGGUGGAGCUGAGCCGCAGCCUGGAGGCCAGCACGGCCACCUUGCAGGCUGCCCUGGACUCCUGCCAGGCACAAGCCCGGCAGCUGGAGGAGGCCCUGAGGAAGCGGGAAGGUGAGAUCGAGGACCAGGACCUCCGACACCAGGAGGCCAUGCGGCAGCUCCAGGAGGCACUUGCCCAGAGGGAUGAAGAGCUGAGACACCAGAGGAGGCAGGGACAGCUGCUGGAGAAGCCUCUGGCCCAGCAGGGCCUAGAGGAUGCAACCCAAGAGAAGCAGGAGCCGAGGCACGAGAGAGAAGAGGAAGAGACGAGGGGCCUUCGUGAGAGCCUACGGGAGCUACGGUGGACUCUAGCCCAAAAGGAAGAGGAGAUCCUGGAGCUGAGGGAGGCCCAGCCAAGGAAGGGCCUGGAGGACUCGCCCCCCAGCCACAGAGCCUCCCCAGGGGAGGAGCUGUCUUCCACACUUGAUUCCUCAGGGCCUAGGCUGCAGCGGGAGCUGGAGCGACUACAGGUGGCCCUGAGGCAGACGGAGGCCAGGGAGAUAGAGUGGAGGGAGAAGGCCCAGGACCUGGCGCUGUCCCUGGCCCAGAGCAAGGCCAGUGUCAGCAGUCUGCAGGAGGUAGCCCUGUUCCUGCAAGCCUCUGUCCUGGAGCGGGACUCGGAACAGCAGAGGCUGCAGGAUGAGUUGGAGCUCAGCAGACAAGCUCUGGAGAAGGAGCGACUCCACAACCCAGGCCUGACCAGCCGAGCAGAACGGGGACCCAGAGGAGACCCCGGCGCCCAGCUGGGAGAGGUCUCGGGGGCAAAGACUGAGCCGAGUCCUGAGGUGGAGGAAAAGCAGCUCUGGGAGCAGAGGCUUGAACACCUGCAGCAAGCAGUGGCGCGGCUGGAGGUUGACCGAAGCCGACUGCAGCACCACAAUGCCCAGCUGCGGACCACCCUGGAGCAGGUGGAGCGAGAGCGGAGGAAACUGAAGAGGGAUUCCCUGCGAGCAUCGCGGGCGGGCCUCCUGGAGAGCGGGGACGCCACCGCACCGUCACCCACCCAGCAGGAUGGAAGAGGAGGACAGAAGGGCUCCUCAGAUGCCAGGCACGUGGCUGAACUGCAGAAAGAGGUGGCCCUGCUGCGAGCCCAGCUGGCCCUGGAGCGGAAGCAGAGACAGGACUACAUCGCCCGCUCAGUGCAGACGAGCCGUGAGCUGGCGGGCCUGCACCACAGCCUCUCUCACUCCCUCCUCGCCGUGGCCCAGGCCCCCGAGGCCACUGUCCUGGAGGCCGAGACCCGAAAGCUGGAUGAGUCCCUGACUCAAAGCCUGACAUCCCCUGGGCCGGUCCUGCUGUGCCCCAGCCCCAGCACUGCUCAAGGCGCCUCCAGGUAGCAGCUGCAGCGAGGGCAGGACACGGGCCAGCCUGGGAGCACACAGACAGACAGAUGGCCAUAGAGCGGGUCGUGGCCCCUCCACACAGCUGCUGUUUGCCAAAGAAAAUUCUGACUCUGUUACCCAGCCUGGGAGCCCCAGGUCAGCUGGCAUUCCCAGGAAGAGGGAGGGAAAGCUGCAAGGCUGGGGGAAGGCCCUGACUCACAUGGGAAUGAGGCACAUCACACUUGCUGCCGGCCUGCAGUCACCCAGAGAGCGCCUUGCCCUGGCCAAGGGGCGUCUGCCGCCUCUCGCCUAGAACUCAUUACCCAGCACUUCACCCUCUCGGACUCCUCCCCCUCCAGCAAUAAACCCUGGGUCUUUGCAUUUGUUCUCUGCUGCUGUCUCUGCCGUGUAGCUGGGCAACAGCCGUACAUCAAGGGCAUCUAUUAAGGAAGAAUUCACUGAAGAUUCCUGUCAGGUGGCGUGCAUUUGUCAUCUGCCUGCAUUCUGAUAGAAGGGCUACAGAAGAUACACAAGACAAAGCCCCUGCCCACAGGAAGCUUGAGCCCAAUUGACAAUAACAGGCAGAUGAGUCAGAGACAGUUGUGUGUGCUGCCUAGAAGUGCUGUAGAAAUUCCAGGGGCUGAGGCAGGAAGGCGUGAACUGGCCCUUGGUGGCUGGAGAGGAGUUGGGAGGGUUGCUAAGGAUACUGGUGAGAAGACUGGUCGGCCUUAGCAGGGUGUGUUUGCACUGAGGGAUGAGUCGCGAGGGAGAGGAGGGAGGGCCUUGGGAUCUAGAUUUGAACUCAUGGAUAAUGAGGAACCAUCAUAUGUUCUUGACUUAAAACAUGUUCUGGGGACUUCGAAAACACUGAGUUGGCUUUUGGCUAAAGUCAGCCUCUUGAGUUCAGAAGUUCUAUCUGGCUUCAUUCCCCUUCUGCACUGGGUGAAAGGCCCUGGGGUGUCCCUUUCUGGGCAUAUCAGCUGCAACCAACUGUGGCCCCCUAUAGAGUCCAGCCAUAGGUCAAGACAGGAAGGAGGAUGGAGUGUGGCAGGACUUGUCACUUACAGCCUGGCCCUGGUUUAGGCAGUGUACAGGCUUAAGACCUAUUGUUGGCAACUUCCUCAAAGCCUAAGAGAGAACAGUUUUCUUUAAAGAAGCAGGCAUGGGACUUCCCUGGGGGUCCAGUGGGUAAGACUCUGCAGUCCCAAUGCUGGGGGCCCAGGUUUGAUCCCUGGUCAGGGAACUAGAUCCCCCAUGCAUGCCACAACUAAGAAGUCUGCUGCAACUAUGAGCCCACAUGCUGCAACUAUGAGCCCAUAUGCCACAACUAAAAAAAAAAAAAAAUCCCGCAUGCCGCAACUAAGACCUGGGGCAGCCUAAAUUAAUUAAUUAAUUUAAAAAUAUAUAUAUAGGGCUUCCCUGGUGUCACAGUGGAUAAGAAUCUGCCUGCAGGGCCUCCCUGAUGGCGCAGUGGUUGAGAUUCCGCCUGCCGUUGCAGGGGAUGCGGGUUCGUGCCCUGGUCUGGGAGGAUCCCAUAUGCC